ACAGGACGCAACUCACAAACUCUCCUUUUCGCUCGCGAAGCUGUUGGAAUCUGUCUUCGGAACUGAGUGUACGUGGCGUGCGCACCGAUUUAUCCAAUUCUCAUCAUCGCUUAAUGUAAUCUCUCUCUCCCUCCCUCCUGCACGCGCACGCCGGCGUUGUUCGUAUGCCAUGCACUGCUUUGUUAAUCUUUCAUGAAUUUAGUACCUGCCUUCCUCUGUCACGUGAAAACUCGGAAUGCACUUGAGUUGUUUGCCAAAAUACCCAGGCCAACAAGAAUGUUUAUGUUGGGUUUGUACCCUACGAUCUUACUUGAUGAUUUUAAUAAUCUGAUGUACGUUAAGCUUGUCGGGCCGGAUGAGGAAAACACGAGUUGACGCGCCCGCGCACGGGGUUUUUUCAUGACUUAUACGCUGCUUUGCCGUCGAUAGUGGUGCACAGGAGGGAAAGCGAGUUUACACAGAAUUAUGGUGAGAGUUCAUAAAUUCAUGGAUCGUUGGUGUGGAGUUUUAAAGGUUCCAUUGUGCUCUGACAGCGGCCCUUACUAUAGAGUUGCAGCGUCUCUGUGCCUCUCGCCUACUUCCAAAACAUUAGCCGUGCCUUCUGCAAACGCCAUAUUUUUUAAUGGAGAUCGUGUUGAAGGGACUGGGAAUUCAGUGAUCGAGAGGCUGUCAGAUCCAAAGACAAUAGCUGGACUUCUGGUUUCAAAAUUCGGAACUUCAGUCAAUGCUUGGGUCUUCGAGUCUUCUAUUUUUAAUGGGCCUUUUGCUGUCUAUAAAGAUUUUAUUCCAUCUGUGAAUCGAUGGGGAGAGCCAAAAUCAUAUAGCCCACUUGGAUUCCCAGCAUCUAGGUCGACCAUCUCACUCUUGUCAAAUUGCCUUAAAGAGGUAAAGAAUGUAAUUUCAAGGAUAGAGGGAGAACAACACCCAACUAAUGUACCUGCACUACAUUUCUCUCAACCGAAAACACUCAUACUUGGGUUUAGCAAGGGUGGUACUGUAAUUAACCAAUUGAUUACUGAGCUUAGCUCCUCAGAUGUCAUGCUUACGGGGAAUAAAUCUUACACUGAAGAACAGUCAAGAGGUGGUCAGUGUUCCAAUUUCUCAGAAGCAAUUAAAAUCAUUCCCGAUAUGGAAGAAACCCUUCUAAACAGUAUCACUGAGGUUCAUUACGUGGAUGUUGGUUUAAAUUCAUCUGGUGCAUAUCUCACUGAUCAUGCUGUGAUUGAGAGAAUAUACAAACGCGUCACCCAAGGAGCUAAAGGCAUUCGUUUUCUUCUCCAUGGAACUCCUAGGCAAUGGUGUGACAGUAGGCGCAAUUGGAUACGCACUGAGAAGGAUAAAUUGGUUCAUAUGCUUGAAUCUGCAGCUCGGAGGAGUGGAGGAAAAUUACAGGUCUGUGAGAGAUUUUAUUGUGCCGACAGGCCACCCAAUAUGCAGAUGCAUUUUGAAAUAAUUGAAAAGUUGAACGUUAGUUAAGAAGUGCUAUGCAAUUGGUAUGUAUGGAAAUUAAGGCUUAGUGGACUGGAUUAUGGUUCUAACUACAGCAUCCUGAUGGAAAUUUGCGAAACAAGUAGUUCAAUUUGUAUCCCUAGAAGCUUUAUUUUUGCCUGGAUAAUAGUAGGUGAUAUCCCGGAUAUUGCUGGGUUCCUCGGUUUCAAACUAUGAGUAUGCAUAGGUCUACUCUGAAGUGUAUAAAAUUAGUUUCAUUGUGAUUCCCAGAUGGAAAUUGAUUGUUUUGGUUGUUAGUUUGAU